CAACUGGUUUACGCCUCACGUCUGGACAAGAAGAAGCUUUAUAAGUCAAACUUUCUCAACGUUUUGCAGAAAUAGCGUUUGAUUUUGCUUGUCAGGAUGUCGUACAGCUUAAGUAAGUAGCUUGUGUUCCUUUCUGUCUUUUUUGCUUCGAUAUAAUGCUUUACAUAAUGGGUUUUUAGCCGUUUUUAUGAAGAUUAAACUCACAGAUAAUUCGACCUGGCAGUGUUUAUUAACCACUGUUUGCAAUUCUCGGUCGAAGCUGCGGGUGUUUAGACUGUGUUAGUGUUAAAUACUGAUCCUCUGCUCUCUUUCUUUAAAGAACACACAUUUGCUGCGUUGCCUCGCACUCAGAGAGGCAGGAGGCUUUGCAUCAAAGGCGAUCCAAAAGGAAAAUAUAUGUUAUAUUCGCAUAACAAAGGUGUAAUAAUCAGAGAUGUUGAGGUAUUUUAAUUGUUUUCAUUACCAUAUGUCUCUGUUGCAGUGGUAUGUAGAACUUGGAUAACAAAUUUGCUACCUAUCUGUUAGAGAAAUAUGGGUUUCUAUUACAUAUUUUUGUCUUAGAUGGUUUUAAUAAUGAAAGCUACUUUGAAUUCAUAUACCGGUGUAUCGUAAUUAUUUACUAAUUGUUUCCUGGUUGAGUGGUUAGAUGAUUGGGAGGUGGGAUGAGUAAAAUAGUUUUGUGACAUGUUCUGAGAGCAAGGAGUUUGCUGCAAUUUUUAACAUUCAUACAACAGGUGAUAUUAAAUACACGACAAGUUUUCUUUAAAGUUAUGCAUCAAAUGUGUCUAGAAUAUACAUUCUGUCUACAGCCCUCGAAAACGAGGUCGGCAUUUGCCUACCUAUGAACCUCCCAAUUUUUGUCACACCAUUCUUUUUGGAAAGUGUCGUGCUGUAUAUGGCUGUGAUUACUGUGUAUCUGAUAAUGCUGUUGAAAUAAUUUACAUUGUAACCUGUGAAAAUGUUCCACACCAGAAAAUUAGUUAGUUUUGUUUAGUGGUGCACCGGAUAUAGUAUCCGGCCGGAUAGCAACAAAAUCGUACUAUCCAGUAUCCGGCCGAAUAUUUACUAUUAUCCGGCCAGAUACCAGAUAUUUUGUUUUUCAUGAAGUGUACUAAAUUUCUGUUAAUUGAAACAUACUAAAAAAAUAGAAACCCAAAAAAGGACAGGUGAAAAAGGUAGCAACUGAUAUAAUUAAUUGAAUUAAUUAACUAUUCGCGGCAUUUGGCACCAAAAGCCAUACUAAAUCCCAUCGCUCAAAAACUUUCGGAAGUUUUUGCAAACACAUGAACAGUGGAAAAAGUUAAAAACAGAUUUUUAGUUAACCAUAAUUGAUUAUUUACUCAAAAAUUCAAAAAAAUAGUGUCACCUUCUUCUGCACUAAUACAUGGAUGAGAAAAAUCCUUGUAAAUGUAUAUUAUAUAUCAAGUAUUCAAAUUGAUAAAAUAUCUGGAAUCUGGCCGGAUUUUUUUCACAUAUCCAGCAAAUCCGGUAUCCAACCGGAUAGUAAAAAUCACUAUCCGGUGCACCCCUAGUUUUGUUCCAGUAGUGUCAUAAUGGAUCAUUCCGGAAAAAUGUCUAUACCUGUUCUAUGGGGGAUAUUGAAAAUUAAUUCCCCCUUCAGAUGUCCUAAUACAAAUGCUAUUAUCAGAACAGAUUUUUCUCCUUUUGCGGACAGCAGAAAUUUCCUCUGUGGGUAGAGUAUGGAUUUUGUCUGGAAAUCUUGACCAAAAUUACUGUCCUCAAUAAACUAUCCAUGAUAGAGAGGUGCCCAUUGGUGUCGGUAAAGAAAUGUACAACUAUAUUAGUAUUUAAUUAUUUACCUUUGUGAUUAACAAUAAACUAUCCAUGAUAGAGAGGUGCCCAUUGGUGUCGGUAAAGAAAUGUACAACUAUAUUAGUAUAUUAAUUAUUUACCUUUGUGAUUAAGAAUCCAAUGAAUGCAGAUGUUUAUACAGAGCAUGCUCAUGAAGUAUUUUCAGCUUGUUAUGCCCCAAGUGGUUUCUACAUUUGUUCUGGAGGUAUGACACACUGUGGUAACAUUGUCUUAUUGCAAUUAUUACUGUAUAGCAGCACAACAUGUACAUUGCUGUGCAUCAUCAGACAUGAAUCACAAGAUGGCAGUCAGAGGCACAAUUAUGUAGAAAGCCUUCGACUCUAUGAGGUUGAGAUGCAUCCUUCACAAUUCAUUUUAGCUUUCAGUUGCAAGUAAGGAUAGUCCUCCCAGUUUCCCACUUACAUUAUAGUUACUAUAUACACAGUAAUAAAACUUGAUAUGUAUUUUAAUUUAAAUAGUUUUCUUACUAAUAAGACUAGUAUAUAUGUUAUUCACUCUCAGAUGCUGCUGGGAAAGUAAGGAUCUGGGAUACAACGCAAAAGGAGCAUCCAUUAAAAGCAGAGUAUCAACCACUUGGUGGUGCAAUAAGAGAUAUUGCUUGGUCACCCGAUAGCAAGAGGAUUGCAGUUGGAGGAGAUGGCCGAGGAUUGUGAGUGAAUACAUAUAUUGUUUAUUCCACACUAUAGCUAGGCGUCAUACAAUACUUCAUAAUAUUUGUGUAAUGUUUUGACAGCACUUGACCCCUCGUUCGAAGGGGACAUUAGCAAAAUUGAAUGGUAAUGUAAUGUUGAAAGAGAGUUAACUUAAUUCUUGCAGGGCAAAAUGCCCCCCCCCCCCCCUGGUGAUGUUAAAUGUAAAAUUAAUAUACCCACGAACUGUCAAACCCAAAUUUUGUCCAACCCAAAUUCCUCCCCCACAGUAUGGCUGGAUUAAAUUAAGCAUUGGUGAAGUAUUACAUUUUUAAGCAUGAAUUUGAAGUGUUGUGUUUUUAAUGAAAUUGUUUUCCAGGUUUGCACAUGCUUUCCUUAUGGACACUGGGUCAGGAGUGGGUCAAAUGAUGGGUCAUGCAAAACUUGUCAACACAAUUGACUACAAGUCAACUCGGCCAUUUCGUGUUAUUACUGCAAGCGAGGAUUACAGCUCGGGAUUCUAUGAAGGACCUCCAUUCAAACUCAAGUUUACAAACAAGGUAUAAUAACAACUGUGAAACCAAAUAAAAUGCACAAAGUAGUGUGAAUUGAAGCUUAAUCCAUUGAGUGCCAGUGCUCUCCUGUUGAUAAGUAAAAUAAUCUGGCAUUAGACAGAAUAAAAUAAUAAAGUAGGGAGCAUUAGAAUGCAACUGUAGACACAUGGGCAGAUGACUGAGAUGAUCAGUGCUCUCUCCUUGACAAGUAAAGUCAUCUGGUGUUAGGGUAAAAGUAAAAUAAUAAUUAAGUAUUUGACUUAUUAUAUAAUAUUUGUGGUAUCAAUCUAUCAUUUUAGGAGCAUCAAAAUUUUGUCAAUGUCGCCAGAUUUUCACCAAAUGGAGAACGAUAUGUCACCGGAUCAAGUAAUGGCAAGGUAUGUUAUCCAAAUUAUUUUUCAUCUUUAACCAAUUCUAAUAAUUAUUAAUGUUAAUUACCGGUACUACAGCUGUAUUUUUAUGACGUAUAGAGCAUUGGUAACAUAUUGUAUUUUAUAAUUCUGUAGCUGUUGAUGUAUGAUGGGAAUACGGGUGAACUUACAGGGGAAAUUGGAAGUCCAGCACACAAAGGAGGCAUUUAUGAUGUAGGUGCAGUACCACACAUGUGCUAUGCCAGGCUCUGAAAUCUGCAGAAUCCCCAUAUCCAUAGGAUACUAAAAUUUGGUUUUGAAUACCAAACAAUGAAUAACUUGUUCCCUAGUUGAGGGAUGCCAAGAUUUAUGGUAACCAGUAGGAUACAGAAAAGAAUUUAAAUUUCAGAUUUUAUGUGGAAGAGUAUGAAUAAUAAACUGUUUUAAGUUACAGUCUAAUGUCAAGAAGAACAAUAGCACCAAGUCAAGACUUACUUUACUAUAGAAACAUUAUAAUUUGUAUAGGUAAUCAUGCGAUGAGUGAUGUUUCCAAACAUCACAUGAUUACUUGUUUAUAUUAGCAUAUGACAAAAUUGGAUACUUCUCCGUCAACAUCAUAUUCUCUUGCCAAAGACCAGUUCUGCCAGACUUUCAGCCAAAAUUUGGUACUUUUGUUCGUAUUUUCAUUUAGUUCUUUUGUCAAAGCAAAAUUUGGUGCUUUUGUUCGUAUUUCAAAAUACCUUUCUGCCAUUUUCUUUGUUUUGUGAAAAUCAUUAAUUGUACUGCAGUACAAUUAAUGAAAUACCUUAUUAUAGGAAAUUAACGAUACACUUUAUUAACGCGACAUAAAUUAACGCGACAUCAAAUUAACGCGACAUCAAAUUAACGCGACAUCAAAUUAACGCAGAUUGCUUCCAGGUCUUUUAAAACAUGAUUAUAUUAACGCGAAUCUGAUCUCCAUGGUUGAUAAAUUAAUUAAAUUAACGCAAAUCGGAAACUAUAGACACAACAACAACAACAACAACAACAAAGGUUUAAUGUUAAGAGGAGCACUGAUGUUUUUAGUUUACGUUAAUAUGCUGUAUUUUGAUAUUAAAAGAGUUAGUGUUAUAUAAAACAAAUCUAGGUAUUUUUAACUAACGAUAAAUGAAAAUUACAUACUUAAAAUUAACGAUCACAUAAAUUAAGUGCAUUGUUAAUUUCCUAUAAUAAGGUAAUUGUACUCCUCUCAACCAAUCAGCAUCCAGUAAUUUUGUCAUGCUAAUAAUAAAGCCAUGAAGUGUUGUUCUCAAGCUAUUGUCUGUGGGCAGUCGACUGUAAUUUGGAAUGAUUGCCUAUUCCAUUAAUUGUACAUGUCAUUGUACCUGCACAGAAACAUCUAUAAUUAAUGAAUUCAAACAUGCAUAUUAUUGAACCAGGUCUCCUGGAGUGCAGACAACAAGCAUUUGCUCACAGCCUCGGGAGAUAAAACUGCAAAAAUCUUUGAUGUAGAUGGAAACACCUGUGUUCAGUAAGUAUCAUGGAAAACAGAACUACGGACAGUAUAUAGAAACCGUUUCUUGUAUUAAGCUCUUUUUAUAGCACAGCCUUAUUAGAUUACUAGAUAUAGAAAGAUCAUCAAUUACAUGCAGUCAAAAUAAAUUACAAAGAAAUUUAUAUUAUAAUAUGAAGUGUGAAUUUUCAGACUCAAUGAGAAUUAAUGUGCCUUCUUGAAACUUGCAACCAAUUUUAUCAGGGAAUUUCCAAAAGAAAAUAAAAAAAUGUACAGUGUGAGAUCAGAAGGUUACAAUCAGUAUGCAGCAAAACGUGAAAUUUCCACACCAGUUCACGUAGUGAAAUUUCCAAUAUAUGAAAAUAUAUAUUUAUGAUGAAUUUGCAGUAGACCUUAACUAUUACUUUGAAAGCAAAUUCCUUAGUCAUUUGCACUUUCCUUUGCUUGGUUUCCAAAAUUCACACUCAUUGCUUUGUAGGGAAUUCACAUUUGGUUCAGACAUAUGUCAUCAACAAUUAGCAUGUCUCUGGAUGGGUGAUUAUCUUUUGACUGUUGAAUUAUCUGGAUAUAUUAACUACCUCGAUACAGACAACCCAAGUCAACCAAAGAAAGUUUUAAAGGUAUAAAAUAAUACAAGCUCUAUUUGACAUGUGACAAUGUGAACAACUUUGAAUGUUGAUUCUCGACCGCAUGUAAAAGGUUCUCUGUCAUGUAAAAACACUUCUCGACCUUCCCUCAAAAUAUCUUAUCUUUCUCAGGCCUUACGUUUACACAGUUAUGAAUGCUGAAAGUUGAUAUCCUUUGAGUAACUCUCCAAGACCUCCAAGAACUAAAAAUUUGGGUUUUUAAUCUGCAUGUAAAUAUUUAAAUAUUUCUCAUCGUCAUUUAGGGUCACAACAAAAAUAUCACAUGUUUCACCAUUACUGAAGAUAAGAAACAUAUUUACACUGCUAGUUAUGACGGACAGAUUUGUAUCCUUUAAAACUUGUAAAUUAUAGCUUAUUGUUAGCAAGGCGAGGUUAGAAAGCUUUACCGACAGUAAUACUGGGCACAUUUGACCUUUUUUUGUACUCGUCUAAUGACGUCCUUUUCAUGUGGGUGAUUGUAUAUUUUCAUGUUUCAGUUAGGGGGAUGCAGUAGGUUUGUGAUUGCGCCUUGGCUAGCACAAUUGUCAGCACAGCCGCCUGUUUCCUCAGAGAUCAUUGUGCGUAAGAUAAGACAUUCAAACACAAGUGUACAUGUUAUACAAUAAUCAGGCAAAUAUAGUUAGUGAUUCGUCUUCGUGAAAACGUUCGUAUUCGUCAAUAAUCUUAAAGGCAUGAAUCUGAUGAAUGAUAUUCCAUUCAUUCAUUGCUUAAAGUUGAAGGUUCACGGAUAUAAUUUCCUCGAGUUAUUAAAGAGAAUUAAAAUUAAGUAAAGGACGUUGUGCUUUACUGUGCUGAUGAUUAAAACCCGUCGAGUUACGCCCCAAUGCACCCUAUUUUACUCUAACGCCAAAUUAGUUUACCCUGUCUAACGUCGUGAUCCUAUUUUUAUAUCGAGAUCAGUGCCAAAAGAUAUAAACAGUUGUAAAUCUUAACUAGUUCCCAGACUGCUGGGAUGUGAGUACAGGAUUGUGCGAGUCGCUUGCUGGAAAACAUCACUCGAACCAGGUCUCGAAGAUAGCUAUUCAUGGAUCAAAUCUGUAUUCUAUUAGUAUGGAUGAUUCGUUCAGGGUAACUUCGACUGAAACAAACGAAUACAGGUAAAUUGCGCGAAAACUUGAUCUUCACCUAUAUAAGGAAGAAAUUAGUUUUCUUCUGCCAUGCGACCCGGCCUUGCCCGCCAUUUUUGGGUCGCAAACCUAGCAGCAACAUCGAGGACUGUUGAGGAACAUAGUUUGGCCUGGUUAAGGCCUGGUUGCAUUGCAUUCACGACGCAACGGUUCAACAGUCUGGUCUAGUGCUGUUAUACGUCAUGAACCAACAAGAUUGAGAUAAUUACCAGUGUUGGCUAUCACCGUCGUGUUUACUCAUGGUGAUUCAUGUUGAUGCGUUUCUAAGCAAUGUCUCUGUUGUUUUCUUGCAGUGGAGAAAGUGUAGCCUUUGAUGCUCAACCAAUCAAUCUAGCUGUUGGCAAGGAUGGUUUAGCAGUGAUCAUUUGUAUAGAUAAAACGGUAAAUGAGUCUGUAUUUGCUCGUCAUGUUACUGUAUGUUCAGUAUUAGACAUGUUUUGCUACUUUGGUUUAAGUGAAUGCAAUCCGCCAACUAACUACAAAAACAACCCAGCAGUGUAAAACCUCCAGUCUAGUGUCUUCAUUAAGGGGUGAGGAACAUUGGCUCGUGAAUGUAAUUUGUUCUGGAAUUAAAGCCCGUGGAUGUGAUUGUGAAGGCUCGUUCAAACGUGCCCAACAUCGUGGAUUUGUUUUUAGCAUUUUAUUUGUCUUGUGAACUGAUGGGUGAUGAUAUGUUCAUCCUAUUCAAAAUUUUCAUCCAAGUCACGGAUAAAUAUAACACAAAAAUGUUGUUUCCCUGUAGAUUGUUGUCACGCGAAAUGGGAAGAAAGUUUCAAGUAAGAAAUUUGAAUAUCAACCUUCUGCAGCAAGUAUUCAUCCAAACCAAACAGAAAUUGCAGUUGGAAGUCAAACGGUAUGUGUUACUGAAAUGUAUACCUGUACUAUGAAUUAUGUAAAAUAUACAGUGAACGAAAACAGUUUUGUACAAUUAGGCUUUGUACACGGGAUGUUGUGUGCUUGCGGUAUUUCACUCGUUCCAACAUUGUUUAAUGAUCAUGUUUCGCUCGCUACUCUGGUUUAAAUAAAUUAUUACAAAGCCCAGUCGAAUUGUAAUCAAGACCCAACGUUUCGACACUCCAGUCUAGUGUCUUCAUCAGGGGUGAUCUAAAGUUGCAAUCGUGGCUUCUCAAAUGAGAUACAUGUAUUCCUCUGGCAAAUAGGCACCGUCAUCCCUAUAUUCAAAGCAUGAUUACUCUUUAUGUGUCACGCUUCUAGGCAUGGUCUUUGACCAUAGCGAUUGUUUGUGGUAAUUACUUUAGAGUUUUCCCACGCAAUCUCGUGUUUGGUGUAACAUACAUGUUCACCUAAAGCUGAUUUUCCCUUGUCUAAAGUAGAAACAGCUAUUUGAUGUUCUUUUAGCCGUGUACCAAACUGGCGUUUAGACUGACCCAAAUACUCCUUCUCGCAGUCACCGUAUGAUCACUCCUGAGAAGACACUUUGGGUCUUGAUUACAAUUCGACUGGGAUUUAUAAUCAUUUAUUUAAACCAGAGUAGCGAGCGAAACAUGAUUGAUAUACCUGGUUGCAGUGAACGAACAAACUUAAUGUUGUUGAAUGAUGGGGGAAUGGGGCGCAAUGCAACUUACUGGGUUAAAUAAAAUCACACCCGAUCCAACAUCAGCCAAUAUUACACAACAUAUUGUAGUGUUGAAAUGAGCUCAAUAUUGAGUAAUGUCAGACCAACAUGUUGGUCUCGUUUGAACGAAUGUCAAUGUCUAGGACUAUAAACUAAUCUUUCGCUUUCUUCCUCCUGUACUAGCAAAACAAACAUUUAUAAUACACGAACUGUAUGUCUGUAUUUUGGAGAAUGAUGUAAAUAUUUAUUUUACAGGCAAAUGAACUGUAUGUGUAUAGCUUGGAUAAUGAUACAAUCAGUGAUCUAAAACACACAGUCUCGGACCUAGCUCGUGAAAUAUCGGUGCUUGAAUAUUCACCAGAUGGAGCUUUUCUUGGAGUUGGUAAUGCUGGCAAAGAUGUGAACGCUUACGUAACGACAGAUUAUCAGGUAAUUACCGAUCUGAUCCACGUCAUCUUUUCCAUAUAUCAAUUUUAUAGAGAGCUCAAGCAAGCGACGUUUUUCACAACCGUAACGAAACCGAAGGUGUUUGCCAAGUACAGUUCUCCGUGAUUCAAGGCGCUUUUUUCUAGCACGCACUAGAGUCAAUGACAUGCAUGCACAUGUCUGCUUUAUGUACAAUAAUGUAUGCACCAAAAGCAAGUAUAACAUAAACUUAACAUGUCCUUAACUUGUUUGUGAAAGACGCUCGACAUGUUUUAAGGCGCAUGUUAGGCGCUCGUUCGCCUUAACGUCUUUCUGGUGUAUGUUAUUUUAGGAAUUGUCUUUGGGCUGGUGCGGUCACAGUAGUCGUAUAACGUCUCUAUGUUGGACCUCCGAUUCACAACAUCUCGCUUCUGGCUCGCUUGAUACCAACGUUUUCAUUUGGAGUGUUGAAUCGUCUAAGAAAGUCGUCAUUAAAGGUAUGUGUAUAGUAGUACUGACUUCAACCCAGUGCCUGAGUGCCGUGUUCUUUCAGUGUCAAGCUGAACCCGGCGUUGCCCCCGCCCCUAGGGUACACCAUCCUGCAUUUAUAAGGACGUACAGCCACCCCUCAGUAGCUAAGAUAUUACAAGCAACAGUUCUGGUGAAAAGAUGAGGGGUUGUUGUAGAUGGAAAUAACGAGCGAAAGAUUGCAAGCAAUUUGGAACAGCUGCGAAAAAUGCAACUAUAUAGACCCUCUGGCAGGAAUCGCGGCCCUUUCGGUGCAGCGAAUUAUGUAUAUGUAAUCGUGCUUCUUUUUCUACUCGUAAUCUGAAGUACUUUUCAGAAACCUGUACGAACCUUAUUUUAAUGACCAUAAGUAUACGCCGAGUACUCAGUUUGUACUAGCGCGGCAAUAACCAGUACCAGCUCGGCAGAAAUCUUUAACAACUCAGGAUCUCAGCAACAAAAAUAUUAUUUCCUGCUAUGGUAAACUAAACUCUGUUCUGUAUCCACUUUAGGUGCACAUCGUCUUAGUAGCGUCGUAGGUGUUUCUUGGUUGACUGAUAACCAGCUAGCGACAACAGCUGCUGAUUGUUCUGUCAAAAUCUGGGACAUUGUCCAUGCAUGAUAAGAUUGUAACUCAAAGGGAUUGCAUUGUAUGUGUGUUUCAUCUGAGAAAAUAUUGACGGCCACUAUAAUUUGUAUUAAUUUUUACAUAAAAUCAUUCCACUCUUGUUUAUAUAGAAUAAAUAUAAUAUUUUGCAAAGAAUUGGUAUUACAAUUGUAGUUAGAGUCUUGUGGACGAUUUAUUAAUUUCAUCACACAUCCCAUGAGCUUAUUAGUUACGUCAUUGAAGUAUUUGCAUGUCAAUAGUAGAUUUUUUCGCGCAUUCUUAUAAUUAAAAUAAUUAGUCAUUUUUGCAACAUGACACGAAAUUUUGCAUCAGAUUCUGUUACGUUUUGAUGCUUUCUUCCAUCACCAGGUUUACCUUUGUUAUAUACUGUAUCAACUAUUCUUUAGUACAAGGGAUCAUAUAAAAUUAUAAACAUCAUUUUGCGAUGAGAUGUUUGAAUUCUAAUCUGGUAAAUAUGUUUAGUGGCGGCAUAGGGUUAAAUAGUUUUAAUUUGGGUUUUCAGCUUGUUAACGCUGUUCUUGUUACUUUUUCCUCUCUGCCCGGACUGAAGCUUGGUAUGUCGGGGAGUUUUGACACCAGAUCUUCUUUUGCAUCAGCAGGACCGCGAAUUUCGGUUGCUAAAAAACGCAAUUGUUCAAUUCAGAGAGGCUGCUACUGUAUAACCAAAUGUAUAUAGUAUCAUAUAUGUUUACGACUAACAAAUGUACAAAGUUG